CAUAGCGUUGAAAACUAAGUAAAAGAUUUAAUGAAAUUGCUGCGUGCUCGAAACCAAACUUCGAACUGAAGUUAACCUUCCGCGAACCGCAUCAACGGUGUCGCGAAAAAACUCAAUUUAACUGUUUACAAAAAAAUACUCAAGAAAUAAAACGAUGUGACGAAAUAAAUAUGACAACAUCGCCUUUUAAAAAUUAAAAUAAUUCUCCGAUACUCGACGUCGAUAAUAUUUGAAAAAAGAAAUGAACCUACUCGAUAAAAUCAUUGGUUUGAUAGUGAAUACGAAUUAUAGCUCGCUAUGAAAAAGUAGUAAACAUUUUUAUCAAGUUAAUCGGGCAGAAAGAUCUUCUUAAAGGUAUCUUGGAUUGUCCUCGUGUUCCGGAAUCAUAAGAAAUUCAUUGAAAUUUUAUAAAUCAGCGAACCAGGCCAUCUUCAGUUUUGACCUCAGUGGUACAACAGCUGGCAUUGGCAACAUGUCUGUUGCAGAAAUAAUUCAGCAUUAUCAACGAAGUAUAGAAAAAUGUUCAGGAAACGAAGAAAGGAUGCUGUACUGCAUUGGAAAGCUGUACAGAUUACCAGUUACCGUGCAGCAUUUGCAAGAGACCGGAGUUGGUAGGACGGUCAAUGGUCUGCGAAAGUAUGUAGGGGAUGUCGGCGAUGCUGCCAAAGCUUUGGUGGCCAAAUGGAAGACGAUGGUCGCUGAUGAGGAAUCCAGUGAUGGAGAGCCAGCAACGGACGACGAGGCGAACAUAUCCGAGCCUCCGGACGACUAUGACAACAAUUCAAAUUCUAGAAAAAAUGAUAAGGAUAGUAGCGACGACAGAGAUGAUAAUAGGAAAGAAUCAAGGUCUGGAAAUCAACAAUUGAAAGAAAGACAUGGAAUUAAAUCAAGCAAAAAUGAAACAGCAAGAAAUAAUCUAAAAACAUGUUCCACGGAUAAGUCUAAAUCUAAAGAUAGCUAUAGCAGCAAAUCUAAUAGCGUUAGUGGCAGUGAAAAGGAUGGACAGUCAAAAAGUGAAAUAAAUAAAUUGGAGUUAAUUGGCGAAUCAAAAGAUGUUAAAGAGGACAGACGCGAGAUAAAGUGUCAUUCUAAGUCUGAGAAGAAAUCAAAAAGUGAUAGAAGCUCCCGGGAUCACAAGCAUGACUCAAGAAGAGAAGAAAAAAGCAAGAACAAGGACAAGGACGGUAGCAAAGUUACCGACGAUUUGAAAAAAGGUUCCUGUAAAGUGUCUAGCAGUAAGUCUCGGGACGUAAAAAAAAGUGAAGGAAAUCACAGGAAACGGAAAUUGGAUAGUUAUAACGAGAAAGAAAGCAGUAAAAAAAGAAAGCAUUCUGAGUCUGAUAGUGAAGAAGAAAAUGAAGUGCUUGCCACAAACUGUGAAGAUGAGCGUAAAAAAAUUUUAAAAGCACUGUCUAGCGAAUCAGAAUCUGAGGAAGAAAUUUCAAACAUUCAGAUCAAAGUGGAACCGCCGUCGCCUCCACCCCAAAAAAAGGACUACGAUCACCGCAACGAAGAAGCACGAGGUGAAAAUAAAAGCAUGAAGGAGAAGUCGGAAAGUCGAAAUUUGAACAAAUCGAAAGGAUCUGACAAUGGUGAAAGCACAAAACGUGAAGAAGAGAAAGGGAAGAGAAAAAGCAGCAAAUUGGAAGAUAAAACAGAGCAUAGAAAGAGCGAAAAACGAAAAGAUGACGGACACCAUAUGAACAGGGAAUCUUCCAAGUCGAAACCUAAUUCUGGUGUUUCUAGUAGUAAUGAUAAAAUUAAGGAUAAAGACAAGGACAAGGAGAAACAUAGAGAAAAAAAAGAUAAUAAAACUCACAAUGAUCUAAAAGACGCUAAGGCAUCGUCCAAUUUCAAAGAACCCAAAGAAAAGAAAAAGGUUAAAAAGGAAAUGAAUGGCGAUGAGGGGAUCGAUUGCAAUUCCGGUGCAAGUUUUGCUGAGGCUCUUGGAAUGUGUGCUUUUCCUUCAUCAACGUCUCGUAAACGAAACAGCUCGCCAAACUUGACUUCAUCGAAGACUAUUAAAACUGAACCAGGCACUUCGUCAACUUCACGUAGCAGAUCUCCAGUUAGAAUUACAAAUGAAGUAUCUUCAAGCAACGACAAUUCGCCACCGACUCUUCUAUCACCGAAUGUUAAGCUUGAGCCAUUAAGUGUUGAUUUGGCAUCAACUUUACCUGAAAUCAGUCCUAACUACAAACCAUUGCCAUAUGUAAAUCCUCUGAAUCGUAAGCAAGAGGAAGAUAGGGCUCUUAACAAUGUUAUCUAUGCCAAGAGUCAAAGAACAAAAGUCUACUCUGGAAACAAGUCUGGUUAUAAUAACGUUCCAACACUUUACGACAUGUGUAUCAGGAUAUUAAUUGAAAAUAUUGAAGCUCUUGAAUUUACCGGUGGAGUUCCAUACGACAUUAUUAAACCAGUUUUGGAACGAGCUACGCCAGACCAACUCUUCUCACUAGAACAUUAUAAUCCUUAUUUAAUUGAGGAUACAGAUACACUUUGGCAGUAUCAUUGUAAUCGAGAAUUCCGGUCGAAACAGCGGGAAGAAAUGGAAACAUGGCGGGAGAUGUACAUGCGAUGCUUGGAUGAACGAGAAGCAAAACUGAAGGCCUUGACUGCAAACAUAAAACAGUCUAUAGACAAAUCACUCCCAGUAAGGCAAACAAAGCUUGCUUACGUUGACAAUGUGGUAAAGCCUCCACGAAAUGUACUUCGGAAACAGGCCAAGUAUGGCACUGCAAAGGAUACUACCACAUCCACAUCUGACCUCAAAAAUAAACUGAUAUCUGGUAGUGGCGCACCUACCAAUAUUUCUGUUCCUGCACCGCCGAUGGCACGAUCACGAAUUUCAUCUUCGAGCGUAGUGAAGAAACCGAAAGCUCCACUUAUGGCCAAAGCUUUACAAUUGAUCAAAGGAAGAUACAAACGAUAGUGUACCUAACUAUGUAAUUUUUAUUACGUGAUGAGGUAUAAUAUUAUGUGACCAUGAACUACAUCAAGAUUUGAAUUACUGUAACGAAUUUAUAUUAUUGAUUGCUGCGUGAUUAGGUUUAUUUUUUGUAAUUAACAGUGAAAAAACUGAUAUUAUUUUUCCUUACGUUUAAGUUUAAUUUUCCAAAUUCCUAAGUAAUCUGCUUGAGAUUGAUCGUAUGAUUGUAGACCUUAGGCAUUGAACGAAUAACGGUCAAAUAUAAGUAAUUAUAAUCAGUUCAGUUUAUUAUAAUCGUUAGAUUGUAUUGCGUAAACAGCGAGAGUAACAAUUUUGCCCAACAUUCACAAUUUUUUCUGAUAAAAGAACCAAUUUAGUUGGACGUAGAUUUUGCCUGAUUCACCAAAUUUUAGGUUCUUCAAAUCAGGUAAUAAUGUAUCCAUAUUAGAACUUCCGUGUGAAAUGCAGAUAUCUGAUCCUUAUUUUUGAUCUAUACACUUAGAAUUCCGGUUUAGUUAGUCAGAACAGUGUGGCACAUAGUAUGUUCACGUUGUCGGCGUCCAAAUUAAUGGACUAAAACGGUUUUAAUAGCAAAUUUCGUGCAUAUCAACUUCGGUUGAUACAAGAAAAUUCCAUAGUGAAUUCAUCCAAUCAAACAUCACAUAAGAUCAUUUUUUUAUUAGUGAAUUUUUAAGAUAGAGUCUAUAUAUUACUCAGCCUUACAUGUGAAAAGCAUUGUCCGAUACAUAUUUAUAUUAGAUACUAGGACUGUGCGGGUACCAGAAUCCGUCUGGUCGGAAAAAGUCUAUUAUUUUCGGGUUGGCUCUCGAGGUUUUUUGGGAUUCCCAGAUCUCCCGGUGAAAGAUGAUAUACUAUUUACUGAAAAUAUUAAUGUUAUUUAGAUAUACAACUUACUAUUACUAUUUAGUUCUUAGUAUUUGUUCAAUAUUAUAAAUAUUAGGUACGUUAGGUUACUCACGUUUCGGGUUUCUCAAAAAUUUCAAGGGCCUGAUGCUGGCUUACUUUGGACUUGUGAACAGAAAAUUUUCCGUUUAAAGCUACCUUUUGAUUGAUCUAUAUAGCGCUUAUCGUCGUGUUUAACGAGUAAAAAGUAAGUCAGAAUCAGGCCCCUGGUUUUCCAAAGAUUUCGGGUCUUACGAAGUUUCCGGAUUUCCCGAAAAUCACAGGCUUCCUGAAGAUUUCGAUACAAAUCCAUCGCGAACUCGAACUUUUUUUACACCAGUUUUCGGGCACCCGUACAGUCCUAUUGGACACAUAUUUUUUUAUGACAUGAAGUCAUUUCAAAUCUAUGUGAUGACUUUAUCCGUAAAAAUAUUCUUAUUUACUAAUAAGUUCGUCAGUCAGACAAAACAUUUACUGAAUCUUGAGCUUUUUUCACAUUUAAUUAAAAGAACAGAAUUAAUAAUACUGAUAAUAUAAGUGAUUUGUGUAACUGUUAAACUCCGUUAUUUUAAUUAUGCCUCUAUUUCACUAAAAUAGGCCACCCUGAUCGCGUUCAUUAUAGUUAUUAUUAGAAACUAUUUUUAUUCAUAAAUAGUAGCCUUCUGUUAGUGAAAAGGAAAGUCUUUGUUUUGAUAGAUUUUAGUAAUCGAGUUAUAUACGAAUCUAGGUUUUCAUACUCCAAGUUUUUAUGAAUUAAAAUGAUAUCGACUGAAUUGUACGUUCUGAACAAAAACGUCAUCUCUGAAUACUAAUAGUAGAUCAAAUAAAUUUUAUUUAAACUUGAUUCCUGCUUAAUGGAAAUGGUUCUGUCUCUAUUCACCUAUGCGACAAUUUAACUCCAUCUCAAACAUACACAAAAGAGUACCUAGUGUAUUGAAUGUCUUUAAGA